CUAGCGUUCUUCACUCCGGCCACGUCAGCUAAGUGACAACAUUGUGGACAAAUUUUCCUCUCUCAACCGGCAAUAUUAAGAAAACCAUUAGAAAAUUAGUUUGAUAUUGAAAUUUGUCAUCUAUCGGAGAUUCUUAAGAGGCUUAGAAAAUGAAAAUUAAAGAAGUUGAACAAACUGCAAAUAUUGCAUGGUCCCCUGCCUCACAGUAUCCAAUAUACUUGGCUACCGGGACAGCUGCUCAACAGCUUGAUGCAUCGUUUAGCACCACAUCACAAAUUGAUCUAUAUUCAUUGGAUUUAAAUGAACCUGGUCUUGGUAUGGGGUUGAAAGCUUCAAUAUCCACUAAACAAAGGUUUCACAAGUUGGUGUGGGGCUCACAGGGAAUCACUAGUGGGGAAAAUCCUGGUGGAGUCAUAGUUGGUGGUGCAGAUCAGGGACACAUUCUUCUAUUUGAUGCAGAUAAAUUGCUGUUGGGAAAAAAUGAUGAAACUGGUGGAUACUUAUUGGCAGAUAGUAAAAAACAUAGUGGGGCUGUCAAGGCGCUUGACUUCAAUCCCUUCCAACAAAAUUUACUGGCAUCAGGAGCAGCUCAGUCGGAAAUUUAUAUCUGGGAUCUGAAUAGUCCUGCUGCGCCAAUGACACCUGGAACGCUUUCUCAACCACCAGACGAUGUUACAUGUCUUUCCUGGAAUAGACAAGUGCAACAUAUCUUGGCAUCAACCUUCGCAACGCGUUGCGUCGUAUGGGAUUUAAGAAAGAACGAGCCCAUCAUCAAGGUCAGUGACAGUACGUCAAGAAUGCGCUGCAAGGCAGUUGCUUGGCAUCCUAAAGUUGCUACCCAGUUGUGUCUAGCUUCCGAAGAAGAUCAGUUGCCCGUCAUUCAAUUCUGGGACCUUAGGCAAGCUUCGGCUCCUAUCAACACGUUUGAAGGUCAUCAGAGAGGCAUCCUAGCAAUGGAUUGGUGUCCUCAGGAUCCUGACCUUCUAUUGAGUUGUGGCAAGGAUAACCGAGUAUUAAUCUGGAAUCCUAACAGCCUAGCUCCUCGUGGUGAAAUUCUCUGUGAGCUGAGCACUAGCAGCCAAUGGUGCUUCGAUACGGCGUGGUGUCCCAGAAAUCCGUCUUGCAUUGCCACCGCUAGUUUUGACGGCCACGUACGAGUUCAUUCCAUCAUGGGAGGACGAGAAGUGGCUGUGCAACCCACUGUCAACAUGAUUGCCGAUUCUUUUCCUGGGAUGGAUUCUGCCCCAGUAUUGCAACCACCCCAACAACAAAUUAUUGUCCAUGAACAACUAAAGAAGGCACCCAAAUGGAUUCGUCCAAUCUGUGGAGCAUCAUUUGCAUUUGGCGGAAAGCUGGUCACAUUUGGCUUGGAGACUCCAAGCACCACGCCACAAGUGCACAUUAGUCAAGUCAUCACCGAAAAUGAGUUAACACUACGUUCACAUGAGCUAGAAACAGCUCUAAAUACUAGAAAUUUGGCUGAAUUUUGCGUCAAGAAAAUGGAAUCCGACGGCGAACACAAGGAGGCAUGGAACUUCCUGGCGGCAAACUUUAGCCCAGCGCCCCGACAGCAGUUGCUGCAACUGUUGAACUACGAACCCCAGCCAACUACUUCUGAAGAUGGUGUAGUCGACGCAUUGGAAGGUUUGGGAAUGCCUGACACAUUCGAUUCCAUCGCUGCGGAAGUCAAAACUUUCAAAAUCCCUACCGACGAAUCUGUUGACGGCAAGAUCAGCAAAGCUUUGAUCACUGGCAACCUAGCUGUGGCAGUAGAUCUUUGUUUCAACGAUAAACGUUAUGCAGAUGCCAUUGUGCUGGCCAUGACUGGGCCACCGGAGCUGCUGACCGCCACUAGAAACCGCUAUUUCCGUUUGACACAGGGUGACGUUCCGCGUCUGAUCCAAGCUGUUGUCACUCGGGACUGGGAAAAGAUCGUUCAACAUUGCGAUAUGAGCAACUGGAAGGAAGCAUUGGCUGCAACGCUGACCUACGCAGAAGAUAACGAAUUUGCCAACCUUUGUCAGACAAUUGGUCAGAGGCUUGAGGCCGAAACGGGAGCCACCAACGAAGCAGUUCUUUGCUACAUUUGCGCUGGAAACAUGGAGAAAGUAGUCGACUGUUGGCUGCGAGUCGAGGAUGAUUCAACGGCAUCCCUACAAGAGAUGGUAGAACAAAUCAUGGUCCUUCGCCAAGCUCAGCGACACUGGGGUCGUCAACCUGUGGCUAUUAAUUCAGGUCACCUUACCCAACAACUUUGUCGUUAUGCCGGACUCUUGGCUGGCCAAGGCAGUCUGGAAGCAGCACUGACUUAUCUAGAUAUGUCGCAGGACGAUUCGAUGGUAGAAUUAAAGGACAGACUUCAACGCGCAUUGAAUCCGGUCGACCGUAAGGUUUCUACCGGAAUGAUGAACGGUGCUUACAGCAUGGCAUCGCAACAGCAAAAGGCUGGGCCGCUGCAGCGAUACCCAUCGGUUGGAAUUAAUAGGUCUUCUACACCAACAAACAGCUAUUACGGUCAUCAGGAUCAAUUUAAUUCAGCUCCAGCUGUGCCAGCCUAUCCCCCGAAACCUACAACUCCAUUCCAGGGCAAUAAUUGGGCAACAUCCACUAAUACUUACAAUUCUCCUCAAGCAGCGACUUCGAUGCCUCCAACGGCCAAUACACCUGCACCACCUCCAAGUGGCCAGCCUGUACAACAAUUUUACCAAGCUCCUAGUGCCCAGCCUUUGCAACAAUUUCAUCAGUCCCCGAGCAUUCAGCCUUCGCAGCAAUUUCAUCAACCUCCAAGCGUCCAGCCUUCGCAGCAGUAUCAUCAGCCUGCUCCACCACCGCCUGCAGCAGCUACGGUGGCCCCUCCCCCGAUAACAGGGAAUGUUUCGCGCUUGGGAUCACUGAAUCAACGUAACAGAGUUUAUGUCCAGGAUCCUAGCGUUUCCAGUGGUCGAUCUGGUGGAUAUUUCAACGCUGCGUCGAAUUCACAAUUCCAGCAAGUCAAUCAGAUGGGUUACAUGUCCCAGCCACCACAAUCGAAUUCGGCGAUGUUCCAACCUACUGGUCAGUUCAACACUCCGUCAUCUUACGCGCAACAGGGCGGUUUUCCUGGAAAUCAGUUUAACCAGCCUUUACCGCCCUCCCCUGGGUCGUUCAAUAUGCAAAGCGGGCAGAUGUCUAACGGUGGAGGAAUGGAUAAUGUCCAACAGCCUCCAUCUCUUUACAAUCCAAUGGAACACGCUCAAGCGCCGCAGCAGCAAAACGCAUUUAUGCAACCAACAUCAUUUGAUGCUCCACCAUCUAUAACUCCUCCGUUGGCUACCAAUCUCGUGCCCUCCGUACCAUUUCUUCCCACCGCGAGCGCGCCUCCUGGUUGGAACGAUCCCCCUCCUCUAACGUCGUUCGCUAAAGUGAAAGCUGAGCCAGCUGUCAUUGAAACUAUCAAUCACCCCAUGGGUGUUGUGGAACAGCCAGCCAUUCCCAUUAUUCAGCCUUUCGAGGGGUCAUUCAAUCAAGGAUCAAUGAAUGCUCCAGUUGAUAUGAUUCAAAACCAACACCACCAGCAGGCACCUGAGCCAGUCCAGCCAGCCCAAGCCUUGCUUCCGAUUCCAAACGAACACUUAAUCAUUCACGAUGUAUUCCACACGUUGAAAGAUAAAUGUGCCGCACUAGCCUCCAAUGCGCAAUUGAAGAGAAAGCUAGACGAUGUUGGAAAGAAGCUAGAGUGCCUGGAUGAUCUGUUACGGAAAAAUAUGUUGCUAAGCCCCACCCUUUUGGGGUUACAUCAGAUUGUGCAAGCUGUUCAGGCGUACGAUUACGCGACCAGUCUUAGUCUACACUCUAAUGUGGUGAUCAAUACGCCCUUCACCGAAAUCGGAUCGUUCAUAUCUGGUUUAAAAGUGCUUCUCCAGAUGGCUCAGCAACUGGGAGUCCAAUACCAGUAGCAACAUUGGGGGAAAAGAAAGAUUUUUUUCUAUGAGAUAUGAUAUCUAAAGUCUGAUUUGUGCUCGCAUGUUAGGCAGAAAAGUUGGCUUCGUCGCUCCACACUUCGUUUCUCUUGAUGUGUGUGUAGUUAAUACCUUCCCCCCUUUUCUUUAACCAGAGAAUUCAUUAAAAUCUAUGCUAUUUACAAUGA